GAUAAGUCAAUGGAUCAGUCUAGGCCCCGAAAAAGUUUUAAUUCUACAAAAUAUAGCACUGAAAAUGGAUACGAUGAUUUAUUACUAACCAACUCGAAUAAUAAAUGGUAUUCUAGCAUAUCAGAACUGGCGCAAUAUCCCAGUCAAAUGUUUUAUAGUACCAGUGAUCUAGACGAUUAUCCAGUUAAGCCAGGCAAGAAUCAUGAUAAUAAAGAUACGUCAUUUUCACCUUAUAUGCAAUUAGCUGCAUCAGAUUCUAAUACAUCAGUAAUCAACCAAACUAAAUUGAAAAAUGAGAAAUAUUCAAAUUUAUCAUCUGAUGAAAAUGAAUCUCCGGGUCCUGAAGAACCUAUUAAGUUUUGGUCUGGUACUUCUCUUGACCGUUUCAAGCAGAGAAACUAUAGUGCAUCAAGUAGCACUGGAUCAGUUGUCAAGAGGAAGUUAGCUCUUAGCAGCCCGCAAUCCGAUUCAUGUUCGGUUCGUAGACCAAGUAGCGGCUAUCUUACGGAUUAUGAAGAUGAACAAUCACAGAAUGGAGGUGAAGUUGGUCAAGAAGUAAGUUCAAGUAUACCUGGACUACAUUAUCUUCAUACAGGAGUUGAUGCAACCCAUGAUGAUAAAUUAGACAAGAGAGAUUAUAAAAGGGGUAGAAAAUCUUCAGAAGAGGGAGUCCGAUAUAGUAAUGAUUUUGAAGAUUAUAAUAUCAAUAGAUACCCGUAUGAAAGAAGGUCUGGGGUCGGACAAAGGCCAAAUUCUAGUAUGAAAUUAACUGACGUGGACAUCAAGAGACUGAGACUGAAAUCACCAGAAAAAUUGAUCUCCGAAAAAUUUCGAAGAUCAGAUAGAUGAUGGUUCUAUCAUGCUUUUAUAUAUA